CCCACCCGCCACCCGCCGCGCCUGUCAAUCAUCCGCUGCUGGAUUAUUAUUGAUUUUGUUUUGGGUCUGGAAGGGAGGUCCGAAGGUCCCGAACGGCUCUCCGCGUCAUGUCAAGGCCGCUCACUCAGCUCCUACCGCCGGAUCUCCCGGCCGGCGCCAGCCCCCAGUUCGGGAACAGCAAUCCGCCGGGGGGCGCCCCUAGCGGCGGCCACCUGACUUCCAUGGCCAACCUCAAGUCGCUGCUCCAGGUGCCAAUCAAAGCCGACCAGAGAGCCGCCAAGGACUGCUGUGAGGUCAAAGACAAAGACAAACCCCAGGAUUCGGACGAGGACUCGCUGAGCGUCAACGCUGGGGGACCAGGCGGGGUUGGCGGGACCCCGGGGUCCGGCCCCGUGCGGCCCAACUCCCAGUCGGCGUUCCUGGGACCUCUGCUGUGGGAGCGGACCCUGCCGUGUGACGGCGGCCUUUUCCAGCUGCAGUACAUGGACCUGGAGGAGUUCCUGACGGAGAACGGGAUGGGCAUGCACAACAAUGGCCCCAGCUCCACCAGCGCCCAGAUCCCCUCCCAGAGCUCCCAGUCGGCGGUUCCUAACCAGAGCUCCCAGUGCCCUCCGUCCUCUCCUCCACCCUGCUCAUCCUCUUCCUCAUCCAUCUCGUCUUCAUCCUCUUCAUCCUCACUGCUCGGACUGGAGACCGUGCAGCCCCAGCCCCCGCCACCGCAGCAAGGCAUGAUGGGAGGACCUGAGUGUCUACAUGGCGGUCAAGCAGUGCCACCAGACCUGUCGCCCUCCUCUUCCUGCCCUCCGGGACCACCCGGACCCCCGCCAGUCGCCAACGGCAGUAGUGACAUCAUGGUGAAUUUUGAUCCCGACCCAGCGGACCUGGCGCUGUCCAGCGUGCCGGGCCAGGAAGCUUUUGACCCGCGGCGCCACCGGUUCAGCGAGGAGGAGCUGAAACCACAGCCGAUGAUCAAGAAAGCUCGCAAGAUGCUGGUCCCCGAUGAGCAGAAGGACGACAAGUACUGGAGCCGCCGCUACAAGAACAACGAGGCGGCCAAGCGCUCACGGGACGCCCGGCGGCUCAAGGAGAACCAGAUCUCAGUGCGCGCUGCCUUCCUGGAGCGGGAGAAUGCCGCCCUGCGCCAGGAGGUGGCCGACAUGAGAAAAGAGCUGGGCCGUUGCCGGAACAUCCUCAACAAGUAUGAAAGCCGGCACGGGGACUUGUGAGGUGGACGAUGACAACGGCGGUGGCGAGGAGGAGGAGGAGGAGAAGGAUUUAAAGUGGAGGGAGGGAGAGGGGAGGGGAUAAGGAGAUGGUCAAAGGGUAAAGGUCAACCCCAACGACAGCAGCACUUUAGUUGACGCAGCCGGAGGGCGGCAACGGUGGCGGCAGACGUAGACCUGUGGUAAGCCUUGUGCCACGCCCGGCGUAAGCGCCUUCUUCUUCUUCUGUCCGGUUCGUGUGGCGUGGACGUGCGUGCCUUGGGGGUGGAACAGUGAAUGGCGGGAGAGGCGCCGCGACGCCAUUUUGCCCCGCCUCCCCCGUUUUGAUUCCCGAUUGCUUCACCAAAACCCGCAGAACAUAAAGUACCGUGUUCCCCCCCCCCCUGUCACCCCCCUACCACACGGGCCCCCAUGGCAGCUCACGUCAGCCAUUUUGGUGCUGCGCUUACGCCUGGCGUUGCACAGCGUUUUCGCAGGUAGUGCGUCGCCGCCGCCCUACCCAGCCCCCUGCGUUCCCCUCCCCCGGUCCCGUUCAAACAGGAUGUCGAAUUCACAGUUUUCAUGCCGGUGAAAGCACUCUUUUGACGCUUCAGACCAGGAGACAAGCCAGGAAACAGGACAGCGGUGUCAUAUUUUUUUUUCUACUUAGGAAGAAGAAGAAAAAAAUAGUCAAAAGAAUAAAAAACAAAAACACACACACCUAUAUUUUUCUGAACUGUGCAGACAAGCAAAACUCAGCGAGA